AUGCCUCACACCGCGCACUCUGAACGCGACCUCAGCAAUGUGAUGAACUACAUCAAUCUGACGCAGACAUUGGUUGAUUCUUUCCAUGCUCUUGCCGAUGAGGUUCAGGCUCUGACUGACAGGAAAACCAUCCUGGAACACAAGCUGAGGUUCGCCCACGAACAGUUCCUAGCAGACAAAUAUGCACCCAACGCCCCAGACAUUGCAGAGACUCUGGCCAAGCUCCAGCUCCCGUCAGACCUGCCCGUAGACGACGCCAAACCUGUACCCUUGCCCCGGCGCAACAAUCUUGACACGCGCAACCAGCUUGCAGUGCUCAUCCGUGACGGUCGCCGAAGCGCCAAACAGCUUUCCGCCCUUGUGGAGCCGAGUAAAACGAGUGUAUCUAGCAGAGGCAGCUUGUCGUGCGACGGGCAAACAGUCACAUCCAUGUCGACCGCACUGGAACAAGACUUCACCAUCGAGGGCAAGAAGGGCCAGCUUCAAUGCCCCUUCUCGGCGGCGGCGACACCCAAACCCGACAUGGUGAACGGCCACGUUCAUGGUGGCUCCGCUGAACCUGGCCCGCAGGACACCACCCCUCAUCACUCUGCCGAUCCCAUCUGUGCCGCCAUGCUAGAGGAAGCCACAUCGCAGCAGGCCCAGUCCAGCGGCAACGCCGCCAAGUGUCCCAUCCGCUACCUUGACCAACACUCUCCAGAGGAAAUUGCCCACUACGUCGAGACACACAAGCACGAGCUGCCACGCAGUCACGAAGUGUGUGUCCGCCGCUACCAGAGAAGUGAAGACCAAAUUCGCAAGCUUGACGCCAAGUACGGCAACCUAGUCAGCAUGGUGCAGGGUCUUAGCACGCUCCACAAGCCCAUGCUGCCGACGUCGCAAAUGCAGGAAGAGAUUGACAAGGCGUCGAAUGAAAGGGUGGAAAAUUGGGCGCAUGCCGUGACGUCGGAUGCCACGGACGAUAUCGAGGAAGUCAACUCUACGCCUCCGGAGCAGCCGAACGACGUGGAUGAUGAACGCCAAGGUCAUUUUGACCGCCCGCUCAAGGAGGUUCGCGUCGGCGAGUCUCCCAGCCGUCCCUGGGGCAUCUCCGUUCCUGUCUAUGAGACACACAGGUUUGAAGACGAGGAUGGGCCGCCGCUGUCGCCGCCGCCCGCACCCGUCGUCAUGCCAACAUCAUCGCAAGGUCUUCCGACCCCAGCAGGUCACCCGAUCCCAGCCAAGGCUCUUGGGGGCAAGUGCCCAUUCGAUCACACCAAGCUCGCCGCUGUCAUGAACGGACUUGAUGCAUCUCCACCAGCAUAUCCCAAGACUGAUGAGGGCAAGGACCCUGAGCCGCACCAGCUACCGGCGACACCCCCUCUGCGACCUGUCACACCACCAGCCAAGGCACAACCAGCACCGCCAUCGCUUCCGAAGGCCACCUUCGCUCCCCCUCAACCAACCUUUGUUCCACAAUCGGCGUACGCACCUCAGCAACCGACCUUUAUCAACCCCUUGGCUGAGUCUCUCAAGCCGGGUGGGCCGCAGAUGGUUUUCACGGGGCCCGUGUUUAUCGGGUAUCCCAUCGAACAAGCCAUUCAGUUUAUGCAGCACUUCCAGGGGCAGCGGCCAUGA